AUGCACACGUGGCCCAUUCGCCUCUACACCCUCUUUGGGUUUGCUGUUUCCGCUACUAUUGCCCUCCUCUUUGCCAUGCACCUCGUCUCAUACCUAUAUCCCUUGGAGUCAGCACAGAAUAUUCAUGGAAUCUCCGUCUCACAACCAUUCACUAAGAGUGCCAAGAAGGCGUACAAUAGCAUUGAAAAGCUCACAGUGCAGCCUGCCCACGACGUGAUGGACCUAAAUAUUAGCCUUUCCUACAACCUCACAGGUCUUUUCAAUUGGAACACCAAACAAGUUUAUGCGUCCGUCAUCGCAGUAUACAACGAUACAGCCGGGUUACAACAGCAGACAGUAUGGGACAAGAUUGUCACACGUAAUCACAGGAAGGUUUAUAACGGCACGGUGAAGGCAAUCUAUCCACUCCACAGUUAUAAUAUUAAAGACGGCUUUAAGAACCUUGAGAAAAUCGACCUUGUGUUUUAUACACAAGUGAUGCCAUACGCUGGAUUGUUUAGGACGGCACGACACACUUUUACAGACGUCCCAAUAACUCGAAAGGAAGGCAGUAAUACUUCAAGUAAACGCUAA